ACGCCCUUUUACCUGUGUUUCCUUCCCAUGUCAUGGGAUCACCGCCUCCACAGCAUGAAAAGUUACUUCUCAAAUUUUCAAUGAAAGUUCGUAACUUUGGAACAUAAUCCUUUGCCUAAGUUGUUUUUUCCUUCUUCACGAUCCUUUCUUUUGAGAGAAAUCAAACUGUUUAAGAUUCAAAGGUAGUUCUGCCCCUUUUAUUUGCUUUGUUGAACACAAAAAUCAUGUGGGGUGUUCUUACUUCUAUGCUGUUUUGAAAUUGUUAUAUUUGUUGAAUAAGUAUAAGAAAAAGAGUGGCAUUGAGCAAAAUGCCUGCUGAAGCUAUUUCAAGGCAGAAGCUAAAGAAAAAGGCUAAACUUGUUGUAAGUACUUCAAGGGGCUCUAUGAGAAGUAAGAAGGGUGAAUUUUCUUUUGAAAAAAAUGGAGUUUAUGAUAGAGAAAAUGUGUCUGAGGGGCAGUUGAAGAAAAGGGUCAAAUUUCAAGGGAUGAAGUCAGGUGAAGAAGGUGGUGAGAGAAGAAAGUUGAGAACUUUGGAUUCUUGUGGGAAGAAGAAGAGAGUAUAUGCCAAGGAGGGAAUGGAUGAAAAUGUGAAGUCAGGGAAUGGUGUGGCAACAUCCAAGAAGAAAACCUUGUUUACGAAAAGAGAGAAGAAGGUGAAAAGUGAACCUGUUGAAGGGAACACCAGCCACCGGACAAUGUGGGUUACCGGAAAGUCUAGGAAUGCUGGGUCAAAAGUGAAGCAUUCGGCUCACAGUGGGAAGGAAAAGAGGGAAAAUGUUGUGUUAGCUACUGCUAAACCAAAAUCCAAGGCAAAGGAUGUGGGGAGAGUGGAAUGUGUUGGGAUAGAUGAUCAAGGAAGUGGUUUAGUGAAGAAAAAUAGAGGAAAGACAUCUGAAUUGAGGAAGGGGAAAAUCCAAGAGGUUGUGUCUCCUUUGAGUUUUGCUAAGAAAAAGGCUAGAGAUAAAGCAACAUUGGAUGAUGAUGCUGAGACACUAGAUGAUCGUCCAAGGAAGAAGAAAAGGGUAAUAAAGAUUGACCCAUAUGAUGUUUCAAACAAGAGAUUAGAUGAUCACAUUGAUAUUAAUGGAAGUAAAGAAGAGAAGAAAAAGGAGUCUGAGGAAGAGCCUAAAAUGUCCAAGAUUGCUCAGUUCCGUGCAAUACAACCUAGCCCUUCACUACUUUCUUUUGUAGAAAAAAAUCUGUUGGGCAGGAGACGCAUGAUUGACAUAAGAAGGGCAGGCUACAAUAUAGAUCUUUCUGCACCCUUAGAUAAUAUUCCCUUCUCUACCAGUUUGGAAAGAGAGAAAAUUGAAGAAAAUAUAUUUAGGAAUAAAUUGGAAUUUUUUGCUGCUGCAAAGGUCUCAUCAUCAUUUCCACCUCCUAAUCUUCCAGAGAUUGCAUUUGCUGGAAGGUCAAAUGUUGGGAAGUCAUCUCUUCUUAAUGCACUCACUAGACAAUGGGGGGUUGUGCGGACAUCAGACAAGCCUGGCCUUACACAGACAAUUAACUUCUUCAAGCUGGGAACAAAGCUUAGCUUAGUUGAUUUGCCAGGCUACGGAUUUGCUUAUGCCAAAGAAGAAGUGAAAGAAGCUUGGGAGGAGCUUGUGAAGGAGUAUGUUUCCACAAGAGUUGGUCUCAAACGAGUAUGCCUUCUGAUUGAUACAAAAUGGGGUAUGAAACCAAGAGAUUAUGAGCUAAUUGAAUUAAUGGAAAGAUCAAAAACUAAAUAUCAGAUAGUAUUAACUAAGACAGAUGUGGUUUUUCCAAUUGAUGUGGCACGACGUGCCAUGCAAAUUGAAGAGAGCCUUUUGCAGAACAAGUCUGUAGUUCAGCCUCUGAUGAUGGUAAGCUCAAAAUCUGGAGCAGGAAUCCGAAGCUUGAGAACGGUUCUAGCCAAUAUAACUCGAUUUGCCAAGAGAUAAAGGACAUAAUAAGGUUUUUUAUAUAUCAAAGAUGGCACAUAUGCGUUGUUAAUUCAUUUGCUGCGUGGCAGGCUGAAGCUAAAUUUUGUGUUGUCUCAUCAUUUCCUAAUUUAAAGAGGCAUAGUAAGAAAUUAUUGGUGCCAAUUUUCAUAAACUAUUUCUUAGGACUUGUUUGGGCGUUCAUUUUGGUUCAUAACUCAAAAUCAUUUUUUUCUUGGUCAAAAAGUUGGGUGCAUGCAUGCAUACCACUCUUUUGUUAACCCCUUCUGCCUCACACUGGAUCUAAAGGUUUUUAAUUAUUAUUUUUCUUAGCAAUGG